CGGAAGUGAUACUGGGGGAAAAUGUUAGCCUAGCAACGGGACCUACCCAUGGGUGCUUGUCAAUGAGCAUGUUUUAAUGCAAAUAGGUCCAUUUGAGGUUUUCAGCCUGUCUGAGUCCGGGAAGAUGGGUGUGCUCUUCAAGCCACUGAGAUGCGCGAUCCGUCUGGCUGUAAUCCUGUUUGUUUUGGGAAAUGUGUCAGCAUCUGAAUUCAAUCCAUACAAGGUGCUGGGAGUGUCCCGACACGCCGGUCAGGCUGAAAUCAGGAAGGCUUACAAACAGCUCGUCAAAGAGUGGCAUCCAGACAAGAACAAAGAUCCAAGCGCCGAGGACAUGUUUAUCAAGAUUACUAAAUCAUACGAGAUCCUGUCGAGCGAGGAUCGCAGAGCGAACUACGAUCAGUUCGGCCAGACAGACGAGAACCAACACCACAACCAGGCGCCGCACGGUUUCCACCACUUCCAUGACAGUUUUUACUUUGAUCAGUCGUUCUUUCGUUUCACACAGUCAACUCGGGAUUUCACGGACAGCAAGCACCUGUUUCAAUAUGAGAAGUAUAUGAACGAAGUGGUGCCGGAUAGCUUUAAAAGGCCCUAUCUGAUUAAAAUUACAUCAGAGUGGUGUUUCAACUGCAUCCACAUCGAACCUGUCUGGAAGGAAACGGUUCAGGAUAUGGAGCCGUUAGGUGUGGGAAUCGGCGUUGUGGAUAUCGGUUACGAGAAGCGGCUAGCUAAUCAUCUCGGAGCUCGUGGCGCCCCCUCCAUUCUGGCACUCAUCAACGGCAGAGUGACCUUCUUUCACAACGCUGUGUCCCGAGAGAACCUAAGGCACUUUGUGGAAAGUUUGCUUCCUCAGAAGCUCGUCGAAAAGGUGACGGAUGAUAACUACAUACAGUUUUUGAACGGUUGGAAGGGCGAGAACAAACCUAGUGUUCUUCUUUUUCACACUGCUACUUCAGCACCUUUCCUUUACAAGCUGUCUGCAUUUGCAUAUCGAGACUUUGUGAGGUUUGGGUAUGUAGCUCAUAGCGAGAGUACGCGUAUCCAGCAGAAGUUCAGCGUCAACACGUACGCGCCCACUAUGCUGCUGUUUAAAGAGAACACCGAGAAGCCUGCAGACGCUAUACAGUCCAGGGGAAUAAAAAAGCAGACUGUUGAUGAGUUUGUCUCUAGCAACCGCUUCCUUCUGGUGCCACGCCUGGUCAAUCAGAAGUUCUUUGACGAGCUUUGUCCAGUUAAACAGUUCCAUCGCCGUCGGAAAUACUGUGUCUUGCUCAUCACUGGGGAGGAUGAGACGUUUGUGCCUGUAAAUGAUGCCUUCUUUGACUUUGCCUCUUCAAACACUAAAGAGGUGGUGAGAUUUGCCUACGUGUAUCAGAGGCAGCAACAGCCUCUCUGUGAUGCACUGCUCAAAAAGGAAGACAUGAGUCCACCCCAGGUGAUUAUUUUAGAGAGGCGGAGUGCUGCAGGAAAGGUGUUGUACCGGACAGUGACAGGUUGGAAUGGGAGUGACGAUGAUAAGCACCGCCUCUACGAGCAGCUGGAGCUCCUGCAGAGAGACCCAACUAUUCUCACCUAUGAUGCCAUGCUGCCUGAACUGAACAAUGAGCUCGCUUCAAUGUUUCUAAUUCGCUGGGUGAAUGCUGCCUUUGAUUACCUUUCUCAAAUCUGCUUUGAAAUUCUCUACUCAAACUGGCGAGAGGUGAUGCCCAUCGUAUCUCUGAUCUUCUCCGCUCUCUUUAUCCUGUUUGGCACCGUCAUAAUUCAGGCUUUCAGUGACUCCGAGGAUAAAACAGCCAAGCGGAAGGCGAAAGAAUCCCCAAAGACGGCAGGAAGCUCUUCAGAUACAGAAAAUGCAUCCAGUCGUCCUUCAAAGAAGAACUUUGUAGAGGUGACCGAGUUGACAGACAUGACUUAUUAUAGCAAUCUGGUGAAAUUAAAACCAGGACACAUCAACGUGGUGCUGGUUCUCACAGACUCGUCCAAACAGGUCCUGCUAAAGAAGUUUGCCAAAGAAGUGUACUCGUUCUCAGGUUAUCAGACUCUCCACUACUCCUUCCUUAAUACCGAUAAACACAGUAGGUGGAUGGACUCGCUCCUGCAGUUGGCGCCCUCUGCCAGGCUUUCAGAAGAUGAGGAAGAAGAUGGCGCCUCCUCCUGUAGACUGGACUACACCGGCCAUGUGCUGGCCCUUAAUGGCCAUAAAAAGUACUUUUGCCUGUUCAGGCCCACAUUCACAGAGGAUGAAGAUGACGCUAUACAGCUUCAUCACAAACUGGACCGACUGAACCUAUGGAUGGAGAAGUUGACCGAGGGCACACUGCCCAGACACCACGUUCCUGUCUGGCCUGAUCUUCACUCUACAACCCCUAAAAAAUAAAGAGGGGGGUUUGGAACCUCGUGGGAAUCUCUUUCAAAUAUCAGGUCUGGACUCCACUCUGGCUUUUGUAUAUUGUGAAAAGCAGGAGUUGUUGAUGUUAGACUGGGAGUUGACCGCAGGUACAGUCUAUGUAUAAUAGCUGAUAUUGAUUAGAAAAAUAUACUUACACAGAACAUUAUUCUGGAUUAUGCACUGGCUUUCCUCAUGGUAGCACCAGGUACAUGCUUUUUGCUGCCAGCAGGGGUUGCACUACCAACCUUGUUAUUUUGAUGUGGGGGGGGGGUGUUUGGGAGUUAGUCUUUGGACUUUGUUUUAGCUGCUGAUUUCUGCUGUAGGAACAUUUACUGAUCGGUUCAUGCACAGACGAGAGGAAAUUCCUCUCAGAAUGAAAACACACGUAAUGAGUGAGAGUUUGUCUUUGACCAUGUGCCAGAUAUUUAUUGUACAGAAAUUAGUUAUGUAACAAAAUAACUACCAUUUUGGGAUAUAUUGAAAUGGCAGUAUUUCCCUUUGUGUGCUGGAAACAAUUUUCUUUUACCCACAAAUGCUGUUUUAGAUGCGAAUCUGACUAAAAUACAUAAAUGAUCUGUCCAUUAUUUUCCUAAAAACCGUUACUAAAGAUACAUGGCUUGAUCAUCUAUUACUGCUGACUGCAUUAAUAAUUUAAGUAGCAGAAAUGUCCAAUGUUUUUGUAGCAUCUUUAAUCCACAGCUGGUCAAAAGCUGUGAUAGGUCAGUCACGGUUUGAAUGCGCUUCUUAUUCUAAACUAUAUAACCAAACUAAACCUGUUGAAAACGCUAUUACUUCUUGAUUUAUUUGUGUGUGUGUGUGUGUGUGUGUGUGUGUGUGUGAUUGUGAAAUGUUUGCUUGCAUGAGGGGAAAAAAUAUUUGCCAUGUUUUGCUUUGACUUCUCGCAUGUAGUGCCUUUUUUUCCCAAUUUCAUCUUCUGACACAUGGAAAAACUUCUCACGUUUACAUUUUCCCCAGCGUAAAAUAUCACGUCCAACAUUAAUUUAACACGUGUGUGUUUGAGAAGGUCUAAACUUUUCUCAAAGGUAAGUUCUAAAGACCUGGCCUCGGAUGAUUUCACUAUUAUUUGAAGAAAGAUAUUUUAAUUUAUAAGAUGUCACUUUGUUUGUUUGUUCCAAGUCUUAUUCAUAAUGUUUAACUUAAAUAAACUUGACUCAAAGACUGCAAAA